UUUCGCCAUCAUGAACCUGAACUGCAACGAGACAGUCAUCAAAGUUUGCACAUGAUGGGUCCAGAUUCAGGUGUAUACAACCCAGAUGUCAAGUGAAUUGGGCUUCACUCGGAAGCUGUGAUGGAAUUCAGACGAGAACACACCUGAGAACUAUGGAGGUAUGCAGUCCAGAGAUCGGUCUCAAGCUCUCUCCUCCAUGUGAUGCCAUUAAACAAAGUGCUACAGACAUCCCAGACAGCCGACAGUUAUCCUCAAAGGAAACGACCAGUUCUAGCAGUUCCCCAACAAUGCAGGAAUUGACAUUACACUCGGCCAGCAUAAAACAAUUUGACAAUGGAGAUAAAAUCUCAAGUGCCAUCUCUUCAGCUACAAAUCCAGGAGCAACUCGUCCUAAGUUACUCGCAGAAUUGACAUCAGCGAGAGCCAAGCAAUUAUCUGCUCCAACUCUCACUGGUGGAGCAAGUCCAACUGUAAAUGUAGGGCAGGAGAAAGCCGUCCGCUCAGAGAGUCCAAUAAUCAUUAUUGAAAACAUCUCUAAAGUUUUUCCAGUGUCAUUUCAUUCUCAUGGACAGAAAACAUUGCACAAUCUCAUACCCAGUGAAUCUCAACUGACUAAGAAAGCCUCCCAUCAGGGUAGCCCUCCAGUGAAAAGGACAACCGUCACCCCAUCCAGUUGUCCUGAUCCUAAUAUCAAACAUCAAGAUGCUGCCAUCACAGACAGCAGUCGGACAACCAAAGAAACAUUUAAAUGUGAAGAAUGUGAUUAUGCCAGUUACAACAAACAUUAUUUGAAGCAGCAUGUCGACCUUGUUCAUCACGCUGAUCGACCUUUCAAAUGUCCAUUCUGUGACUAUGCUGGCAAACGCAGCCAUUCCUUACGGGAACAUUUGAUAGUUCACUCUAAUGAACGGCCAUAUGAGUGUACACAUUGUAACGCUACCUUUAGAAAGAAAGGUCAUCUCACUAACCACACAAAGCUCCAUCAGAAGACCGUUUUCUGUAAUACCUGUCGCAAAUCAAUAAUUCACGCAGAACUGGAGACACAUGUGAAAACAUGCCAUGCUAAGGAAAACGUCUUUGUUUGUGAACUUUGUAGUUUUGUGGCUCCAGACGAAAAAGCCAUUUUGGAACACAUCAAAGUGCACCAAUCACAACAGAUCUAUGUGUGCAGCACAUGUAAGCACAUGACCAGUGACUUUGAGGCAUUUGUUAAACAUGCCGAAACACAUCAACAGACAUCUGCAAAUACAGACACAGAAAAAGCAGAUGUGAUCAAGUCUACAUCAAUCAAGGCAGACCUAAAGCAAACCAUCCUGUCCAAGCGUGCACAUGACCAAGAGCAAGAAAAGAUGUCACCUGGUCCUAAGGUGAGAUUGGUACCAACAGGGACUAGUCAGUCCAGUAGUAUUCCUAAAGUGAGACCGGUAUCUACAGCCAUUAGUCAGUCCAGUAGCGUUCCUACAGUAAGACCAGCGACUGGUCAGCCCAGUAACGUUCCUAAAGUUAGACCUGUACCUACAGCCACUAGUCAGCCAAGUAACGUUUCUAAAGUUAGACCUGUACCUACAGCCACUAGUCAGCCAAGUAACGUUCCUAAAGUUAGACCUGUACCUACAGCCACUUCCCAGCCUAAUAAACAGGACCUUCUGCUGAAAUGUUCUGAGUGUGGGUUUGUGGCUCCUACAACAACACUGAUGAAGAACCACAUGUGGACCCAUUUACAGAGCAUGGAAACCCCGCCCUCGACAUCAAAGGAGGAAUUCAACUCCAAGAAACCCACAACAGAAAAAAUGCCUUCACAGGAAAAAUCUGUGUACAAGUGUGUGGAAUGUGACUUCAUGUGUGAUGAAGCAUACAACUUUGUAGUGCACAUGUUGGCACACAAACCUGAACUUCAGCAUUCAAACGUACCGUCAAUACCAGUGCCAUCCUCAAAACCUGUAAACAAUUUACCUAUGCAGUCAUCACCAAGCCUAGCAGUACCGUUGACGUCCGUACCAGCACAAACUGUUCCUGUACACUCGGUUCCUCCCCAGUCAUCAGUGAUGUCGUCCGUUCCAGUGUCCUCGGUACAAAUACAGCAUUUAAAACCAGGGAAUACAGCUACAAAUGAAAAGCAAGUAACAUCUGUUCCAAUGACAUUGGUUUCCCUUUCAAAUCCUUCACUAGUACAGUCCACAUCUACAGCAGUAUCGUCAACUACUGUAUCAGCUACAGUCACAUCCACAGGCAUGGAGUCAGCAUCCCCUUCUGCCAUUAGACAUGAUCUGAAAGAAAGUAUCCUAGCUAAGCAACAAAAACUACCUGCAGAUGGAGAGUUACCUCCCUUCGUCCAUGACAGAGUGAAUGCUCGAUAUCUUUGUACAAUUUGUGGCUAUAGCUGCGAGUUUCAGAGAACUAUAAAAGCUCACAUUUGGAAACAUUCUGGUAACAAAGACAUAGAAUACCCCAUGUUUCAAAAUGGCCCACUCAGCAUAUACGAUUCUGAUGUAGAAUCAAAAUCCUGUUUGAAUUUAACACCAAGCUCUGUUUGUAUGAUGGAAAAAGCACAGAGAGCAUUGAAGGAACCAAUCAUAAGGGUUGCCUCCCAGCACACAUCAGUCAGUCCUGUAGCUCCAGCCUUGGCUCAUCUUUUGGCUGCAAGGGCCAUGACUGGGCUCACACAGGAAGUGACCUUACCAAAGGCUACAGAGUCAGAGGUCAAAUCUGUGUCAGUAGUCCAAAAUUCUAAGGAGGAGGGUGCAGUGAAGGAGUCUGCUGAAGUAGAUUUUAUCUCCAAACUGCCAUCAAAACCAGCCUUGAAAUCUUCUCUUGGAGAUGAUGUAGAGACAAGAUCUGCAAAGAAAGAGACAGGAACCAAACUUACAAAAACACCAGAUGAAGGUCAUACAGAGAAAACAGAUAAACAAGAUGAGGUCUCUCUAAAUACCUCUAUCACAGCAACUGAUGAAAGAUCUAUUGUCAAAAAUGAAAAAGAUGAGCUGAUGGACACAGCAAGUGAGAGACUGGAAAUGUCAAAGGACAAUUUGGAAGUUGAUAAACAAGACGCUGCAUCUCCCAAAACCAUAGGACCAGCUCAGGGAUCAAAUGGGGCUAAGAAACGAAAACUCAGUGAAUCCAAGUAUGAUGUAAAUGAAAUGCUGCAGAUGGUGAAAAUGUUCUGUGCUCCGGAGGAUGUAGAAAGUGAUCCUGUGGCAGAGCAGGGGAACGUUGUGGUGGAAACAGUUGACUGCGUGGCUAACCUAUCGGGAUUGACCAGCAUAAAGAGUCAUCAGGGUAGUCCCCGCACAAACUCUGGAACAACAGGAUCUACAGAGGGCGAAGGAAAUGGUGGAUCAGAACAGGACAUGGAGUGUGGUGACUCUGGGUUCAUGUCUGAUACAAAUUCGAGCCAAUCACAAGUCUCAUCUAAAGUGGAGCAUGCCAGCAUGUCAACUAGACUUUGUUCUAGGAGAUCAGGAAGGUUGAAGGAAAGGAUCAUCAAUUCUCUUAAACAAGAUAACAAGGAGGACGUGGAGCAAACAACAAAACAGGUGUUGGAGACUGGGAAACGUAAUGCAGAUGUUCAAAAUGAUGCGAGGCAGAGCAAAGACGAUGAAGAAAAAGAAGAUUUGGAGGAAGUAGAUGAAGAUGAAGAGGACAUUCGUCCAUCCUCUAUGGCAGAAUCAGCAGUAACUUUACUGUCUCUGCUAAAAAAAGGAGCGAACCACAACCCUGCAUGUCCAUCAUCAGGGCCAGAGGUCAAAGACAAACAGGCUGAGGUCACGAGAACCAAAGAUGACAAUACAGAAGAAAAAAAACCUAAAUCCCAAGGUAUUUCCUCAUCUCUGCUUGCUGUUAUUGAACAGUUGAGAGAACGAUCACGAUCGGAAACAGACUAUGACGUGGAAUCUGGAAAGAAAGGUGCAAAAAAGAAAUCUCGCCGACUGUCUGCGGAGGAUGAGGAUCCAAUGGAGAAGAUGGACAAUGUUGAGCGUAUUGAGGAGGCGGAGGAGGAUGAGUCGAGAUAUCGAUGUAAACUCUGUCACUAUUCCAACUCCAGUACUUUUGUAAUGAAGCAGCACAUGCGCCUUCACAAGACCAAGCGUCCAUUUGAGUGUUCAUUAUGUGACUUCAUGGCGGAAUCUAGUGAGGACUUGCAAAACCAUAUGAUAAAACACUGUAAGGUGCGAACGUAUCAAUGUAAGUUGUGUCCGUCAGCAUUUAACUACAAGAGUCAGCUGCGUGCUCACAUGAGAGCACACAAUGAGAAAGAUGUCUUUGCUUGUGAGGAAUGUGACUUUGAAACAGGAAACCCUAAUUUAUUGAGAAAUCACAUGAGCAAUUGUCAUGAAAUAAAACAAUAUGUGUGCGAGGUGUGUGAGCAUAGAUUUGUCUCGAAGCACCAGCUCAGAAUUCAUAAAAAGGUGAUGUGUAAUGGAGAAGAAGAAAUGCCAUUGACAUUAUGUUCAGAUGAAAAUAAGAAAGAAACACAGGAUCAGAAAUCUCAAGGAAAGUUGCACAAACAGGACUUCAGAUGUGCAAAGUGUGAUUAUGUCACAAACUCUUUUGUCAGAUUUGGAAAUCACAUGAAGACACAUGAGGAGCCGAAAGUUCUGAAGUGUGAACUGUGCGACUUUCCUGCUGUGUCCAAUCGUAGCCUCAAGUCACACAUGAAGCGUCACAUAAACGACCAACGGUUUGUGCAGCAGCCCUUGGAACAGUACAAGUGUAAUCUUUGUGGCUAUGUGUGUCACCACCUUCCUUCACUUAAAUCACACAUGUGGCGCCAUGCCAGUGACCAGAACUACAGCUAUGAAUUCACAAACGAAGUCAUCAAUGCAGCAAUCGAUUAUGACAGCCGACUCGACACCAAAGAAUGCUGCGAGGAAGAUGUUGCAGAGUUCAAUAAAACAAUCCGUGAAAAGAUGCGAAUUCGACUUGCUAGUCAGGGUAUUACCAAAGAUGCAGAGAGCUUAUGUGCUGUUUGUUGGGUUACAUUUCGAUGCUGUCAGUGUGGAUUUGAAGUUAUAAAUAAAGCACAGCUUAACUUGCACAUGAAGACACACUCUGAUGUAAUUCAAUGGACACUUCAGGUGUCCCAGAACAGCACAGCUGGGAGUAGUACAAGUGGAGUGCAAACUAGUGCUAAUAAUGUAGACGGUGGUGAAGGCGGAAGCCAGGUUAAACAAAGAUCUGAUAGGAAAGGACUAGAGUUAAGGUAACAGAUCUGAUAGAAAGGACUGGAGUUAAGGUAACACGUCUGAUAGAAAGGACUAGAGUUAAGGUAACAGAUCUGAUAGAAAGGAAUAGAGUUAAGGUAACAGAUCUGAUAGAAAGGACUAGAGUUAAGGUAACAGAUCUGAUAGAAAGGACUAGAGUUAAGGUAACACGUCUAAUAGAAAGGACUAGAGUUAAGGUAACAGAUCUGAUAGGAAAGGACUAGAGUUAAGGUAACGGAUCUGAUAAAAAGGACUAGAGUUAAGGUAACACAUCUGAUAGAAAGGACUAGAGUGAAGGUAACAGAUCUGAUAGUGAAGGACUAGAGUUAAGGUAACAGAUCUGAUAGGAAAGGACUAGAGUUAAGGUAACACAUCUGAUAGGAAAGAACUAGUGUUAAGGUAACACAUCUGAUAGGAAAGGACUAGAGUUAAGGUAACACAUCUGAUAGAAAGGACUAGAGUUAAGGUAACAGAUCUGAUAGAAAGGACUAGAGUUAAGGUAACACAUCUGAUAGAAAGGACUAGAGUUAAGGUAACACAUCUGAUAGAAAGGACUAGAGUUAAGGUAACAGAUCUGAUAGGAAGGACUAGAGUUAAGGUAACAGAUCUGAUAGUGAAGGACUAGAGUUAAGGUAACACAUCUGAUAGGAAAGAACUAGUGUUAAGGUAACAGAUCUGAUAGAAAGGACUAGAGUUAAGGUAACACAUCUGAUAGAAAGGACUAGAGUUAAGGUAACACAUCUGAUAGAAAGGACUAGAGUUAAGGUAACACAUCUGAUAGAAAGGACUAGAGUUAAGGUAACAGAUCUGAUAGGAAGGACUAGAGUUAAGGUAACAGAUCUGAUAGUGAAGGACUAGAGUUAAGGUAACGGAUCUGAUAGAAAGGACUAGAGUUAAGGUAACACAUCUGAUAGAAAGGACUAGAGUUAAGGUAACACGUCUGAUAGAAAGGACUAGAGUUAAGGUAACAGAUCUGAUAGGAAAGGACUAGAGUUAAGGUAACAUCUGAUAGGAAAGGACUAGAGUUAAUGUAACACAUCUGAUAGAAAGGACUAGAGUUAAGGUAACACGUCUGAUAGAAAGGACUAGAGUGAAGGUAACAGAUCUGAUAGAAAGGACUAGAGUUAAGGUAACACGUCUAAUAGAAAGGGCUAGAGUUAAGGUAACACGUCGGAUAGAAAGGACUAGAGUUAAGGUAACAGAUCUGAUAGAAAGGACUAGAGUUAAGGUUACCGAUCUGAUAGAAAGGACUAGAGUUAAGGUAACACAUCUGAUAGAAAGGACUGGAGUUAAGGUAACACGUCUGAUAGAAAGGACUAGAGUUAAGGUAACAGAUCUGAUAGAAAGGACUAGAGUUAAGGUUACCGAUCUGAUAGAAAGGACUAGUGUUAAGGUAACACAUCUGAUAGAAAGGACUGGAGUUAAGGUAACACGUCUGAUAGAAAGGACUAGAGUUAAGGUAACACGUCUGAUAGAAAGGACUAGAGUUAAGGUAACAGAUCUGAUAGAAAGGACUAGAGUUAAGGUAACACGUCUGAUAGAAAGGACUAGAGUUAAAGUAACAGAUCUGAUAGAAAGGACUAGAGUUAAGGUAACACGUCUGAUAGAAAGGACUAGAGUUAAGGUAACAGAUCUGAUAGAAAGGACUAGAGUUAAGGUAACAGAUCUGAUAGAAAGGACUAGAGUUAAGGUAACACGUCUGAUAGAAAGGACUAGAGUUAAGGUUACCGAUCUGAUAGAAAGGACUAGAGUUAAGGUAACACGUCUGAUAGAAAGGACUAGAGUUAAGGUAACAGAUCUGAUAGAAAGGACUAGAGUUAAGGUAACAGAUCUGAUAGAAAGGACUAGAGUUAAGGUAACACGUCUGAUAGAAAGGACUAGAGUUAAGGUUACCGAUCUGAUAGAAAGGACUAGAGUUAAGGUAACACGUCUGAUAGAAAGGACUAGAGUUAAGGUAACAGAUCUGAUAGGAAAGGACUAGAGUUAAGGUAACAGAUCUGAUAGUAAAGGACCAGAGUUAAGGUAACACUUCUGAUAUAGGAAAGGACUCGAGAUAUAGUGAUCUGAUGGGGAAUUCGAAGGUCUCUAGAUUUACAGAUCUGAUUGGAAAGGUUUAGAGAUGUAGAGAUCUGAUUGGGAAGGUGUAGAGAUCUGAUUGGCAAUUAAAGGUCUAAAGAUUUACAAAUCUGAUUGGGAAGGUUUAAAGAUGUAGAGACCUGAUCAGUAUUUUUAAGGAAGGUUUAGAUAUACAUUGUAUAGAAACAGAUUCGAGAGUUAAGGUCAAAGGUAUAGAGACAGAGCUCGAGGAUCUAAGGAUAUUCAUGUACAGAUGUAUCUUAUAGGGAAGGUCUACAUCUAGAGAUGUACAUAGAGAUGUGUUAGGGAAGAUCAAGAAUUACAUCUGGAAUUAUAGAGAAAGAUCUGAUGAGAAAUAUCUAGAAAUAAAUAUUUAAUGUAGUAAGAUCCCAGAUACCCGGCAACCAUGGAUAGUGUUACAACCAUGGAUGGAGCAGCCAGAUUAAGUUGGUGUUAGAACCAGAUAUGUGGUGGCUGGAUCAAGGAUAAGUGAUGAUGAUUGUUCACCGCAUGCUAUUCAGUUAGGCCCAUGUUUUUUAAUUACUGUAUUUAUCUGCAAAUAAACCCUGUCCACAAAUGAGCUCCCUUCAUCAUUUUUGCAGAAUCAUCAAUUUCAAAAUAGUAUGUUUGGUAAAAUUGGUUAACAAGUAAGCCCUUCUCUUACUUUAUUUGAGGAUGAAUAUGUGCUAAACUUUUACUCUAGAGGAGGGGGCUUAUUUGAGGAUGAAUAUGGUACUAAACUUUUACUCUAGAGGAAUUCGAAGAGGGCUUAUUUGAGGAUGAAUACGGUAGUAUAUUUAUAGUGCUAAAGAGAUUGAGAUUUUUUUUCUUUUUCCCCCCAGUCUCUUCUGAUCUUUAUUUCAAUUGAAAGAGAAAUAAUGGAUUGUUAUAAAUUUGAAAGUUUGUUAUACAUGUUUUGUUUAAUACUUAGUCACAAGUUAAAUUCUUCACCUGCUAUUUUACAGCUCAAGUUGAAUAUGAAUAUAGAUGGUACUGUUUUUUUUGUCGCCUUUGAAUCUGAAUAAAUAAUUCUUAAUCUGAUAUUUUUACAAGCAUCCUGAUUCUCUGAUACUGGUAACGAAACAAAUACAAAAGAUGUAUCAGUUUGAAACAUGCACAACAGGUGGAUACUCAAAUUUGUCUUCUUUAAACUUCCAAACUAACGUAGCAUGCAACUUUUGCAUACCGGUAUAUACCUCAAUGUACUCUUUAUAUGUACAUGUAUACCAAAGUGUGAUAUAUAAAAAUCUACUGCCAGUAGUUUGAAUUAUUUAUUACAAUGAUGUUGCAUUUUGUGGUACUAUAUAAGAUCUUUCAGAUUUUGGUUACAAAUGUUUUAUCCGGUUAAUUAAUUAUUUUUUACUUUUAAAAUAAAUUCUGGUAACGAUGGCCUGAAUUUUGUAAACAGCAGUUGGCAUACAUGUAUAAAAACUUCUUAAAGAUUUGUAGUAUUAUGUGAAGGAGGUAUAAUGUGUAACAUUUUAGAUUCUUACUUCAUAUCAAUAUUAACCUGUAAUAGGUGAGUGUACAUGUAUUAUUGGUGUUUUAACAUCCUGUGUAUAUUUAUUUUUUGUUUUUAUUUUUUCUCACAUUGUGAAACGUGUUGAAACUACAAGUGCAUAAUUUGUUUGAUUUGAAAUGUGCAUAAAUUGAUGUAUUUUGUGACAAUAUAUAUUUUUAAUGCAUCAAUGUUUAAUUUUCUAAUGGAAAAUUAUAUCACCUAGCUAAUAAUUACGAAGUACAUAUAGAGCAGCAUUUCUUUUGUGUAUAUCCAUUUGUUGUAGUUAUAUGACAAGUUUAUAAAAAAAAAUGAACUAUAUGCAUGUGAUGUAAUCUCGGUUAGAUACUUCUUACACAUAUCACUAAGGUAUUGUUACUGUAAACUCACAAACAAAUUAAAGGUAUUUAAAUUCAAUCACUUAUGCGCAUUCAUUCAAUGUUCACUGAAUUUUUGAUUUAUUUUGAUGGAUCGGGCUUGUAUCAUACAAAAUUUCAAAAAAUCUUUUCAAAAGGAUCAUUAACUAUUUUAAUCCAGUUGGUAUCAUAAGACCCUACUAUCAAUCUUGAUACUUUUCCCUUCCCAGUCGGUCAAGGUAUGGGUGUCUGUGGUGGCGACUUAUAUAUAGCUAAUUCAUCCAGAUGCCAUGGAGUCUUCCUCCAAUUGUUUCAAACAUCUCAUAUUAAGUUUAAAUGUCUGAUCAAGUUUGCAUAAUAUUUUGAAGAUAUCUAUACUAAUCUAUAAAAAAAAAUCAUAUUUUAGGUAAUUGUUAGGAAUAAAAUGAUAGGUACUGUUUUACCAAUUAUAUUCAUAUGAAAUUGCUUAUCAGCAGUUACAUCUCACGAUACUGUAAUUAUAUAUAUAACUGAAUUUCAUCUGUUUGUUUCUGGUGUUGUUCAGUUAUGGUUAUGUAUCAAAGACCACCAAAUUGUUUGUCCUCAUAAUGGAAUUCAUUUUAAAUGGAAAAGAUCUAGGGUUUGGGAUUUCUUCAUAUGAUAUUCCUGCAGCAUUUAAUUUCAGAAAAUCAGUUCAUGUUUGUCAUGGAUUUUAUUCAAGAUUUUCACCUUAGUUUUAUUGUUGUGUAUAUUGUUGUGCAUUUUGAUUUUUAUCUCAAUUUAGUUACCUGUUUAAAGAAUUAACUAAAUACACAUUAAAUUUUCCAAAUACCA